AUGAGUGAAGGUGAGGAAGAGCCGAGAGAUUUUGUAAAAAUAACACCUGAUAAACUCUCCACCGAUGAGAUAUCCCAAUUGGUGGUUUCCCCAGACUGCGGUGCAGUAUCCAUCUUUAUUGGAACUACGAGAAAUAAUUUUGAUGGAAAGAAAGUUGUCCGUCUAGAAUAUGAAGCAUAUACGCCAAUGGCAGAAACUGAAAUUAGGAAAAUCUUGUCAGACAUAAGGCAGAAAUGGCCGUCUGUGAAGCACAUCGCCGUGCAUCAUAGACUUGGCUUGGUUCCAAUUGCUGAUGCCAGUGUGGUUAUAGCUAUCUCUUCGCCACACAGAAAUGACUCUUUGGAAGCUGUGACAUAUUGCAUAAACACAUUGAAAGCAACAGUACCUAUAUGGAAGAAGGAGGUAUACGAAGAAGAAGACUACUCAUGGAAAGAGAAUAAGGAAUGUUUUUGGAGGAAACAAGAUGGAUCGUAAGCCAAGUGCUGCUUUGCUAACAAAAUUGUCUUCCCACAGGCUCUCAAAGGAGAACUAUCUGUCUACACCAGCAUCCUGUUUCCUGAACAGUCUUUGUUCUGGGGUUAUAGGGGCAUGAACCAGGUCAUACAGGAUCUUUAAAUCUGAAUAAUUAUGCAUUGCAAUGAAUGAGUAUAUUUUUAUCUUGUUCCUUCUCUAAAUUCUUCUUGGAGCACAUUUCUAAAGGAUGUCUGUAUACUUGCUGGUAAAUGUGUAAUUGCAAUGCUAAUCGGGAAUAAAAAAAUCUUAUCCUUUACUGUAAGGUUUGUGGCCAUCCAUAGUGCAAGGAUUUAUGUGAAUGGGUAUUUUGUGUAAGGAUAAAAUAAAGACACUCAAAAUUAAAGGUU